GUGUAAUCCCCCGUACUAGUAGUAGCAGUCGCGCUUGCACCGAAGUUUAGCCGCGCGGUUGCCCUUGGAGUGGCUUGUGGUUCGCAGGGCUCAGGCUGAUGUAAACAAAGGCUACCAGAUUUGACCGACAAGGCCGCACAGCGUACGACGACACCAUUAGAAGCAGUGUUUUCAGAUUGAAGCAAGAUGUGUGAAGGCAGUGAUGGGUAUUCCAGGCAUACUCAAAGAGAUCGGCAAGGGUGAGCGGGUGGCAUUGGCAAAACUCGCCAUAGAACACCUGGAACAAUCAAAGCGUCCUCUCAGGUUAGCCAUUGACGCAGCGAUAUGGAACUUCCAAACCCAAGCCGGCCAGGGUGGGAAGAACCCCGCGUUGAGAACGCUAUUUUAUCGACUGGUGAAAUUGCUCGCUUUGCCUAUCGACCCUGUCUUCGUCUACGACGGCAAGAAUAAACCCCUUACCAAACGGGGCAAGACUGUGUCGAAAUAUGGCACUUGCAUCUCAAACGAGAUGUCAAAGAGGCUCGUCCAGGCCUUCCGCUUCCCCUCUCACACCGCACCAGGCGAGGCUGAGGCGGAAUGCGCCAUGCUUCAAAAACACGGCCUCGUCGACGCAGUCAUGAGCCAAGACGUCGACGCAAUCAUGUUUGGCUCCUCUUUGACUUUGAGGGAUUGGUCCAAAGAAGCGUCUAAACACAACAAAUCUCCUACUCACGUAAAUGUGCUUGAUCUUGCACGAAUCAAGUCUCUGUCCGGGCUGGACCCUGACGGCAUGAUUCUCGUGGCCUUGCUAAGUGGGGGUGACUAUGAUGAGGCUGGGGUGCCUGGUAUCGGCUCUACAUUGGCCUGCGAAAUUGCAAGGGCUGGCUUUGGGGCUGACCUCGUGGAACUCGCGCGCAAAAACGAUGAAGAUGGUCUUCGGGAAUGGAGGGAGAGACUGGAAUUCGAACUCGAGACAAAUGAGAGUGGCUAUUUUAGAAGACGCAAGAAUGUCAAGCUCCCGGAGAAUUUCCCGGAUCGAAGAAUCCUGGGAUAUUACAUCAAUCCGGCAGUUACACCGGAAGAUCAACUGCCAGCACUGGAGAGCAGGUGGAUGAAAGCAUGGGACUCUGAUAUUGAUAUAGAGGCACUGAGGACCUACGUUGGGGAAACAUUCGACUGGCUGUACAAACCCGGCGCGUGGAAACUUGUGCGUGUCAUGGCACCAGCUCUACUCGCUGAUGGUUUACGCCGCGGCGUAGCCAAUUCCCACAUACAUUCGGUCGAACAGAUCACAGAGCGCGGCAAACAUUUCGUCAGUGACGGUAUCCCCGAACUUCGGGUGACGGUUAUCCCGGCUGAGGUUGUUGGGCUCGAUCUGGACGCCGAGGAGGACAGCCCAGAAUAUUUGGAUCGUCUUGCUGCCGAGGAGCAUGGCGGAGUCGACGAAGUUGGCAUUGCUGGCGAUGAUGAUAUUACACCAUCAAGUCCCUCCAAGAAACGGAAGUCUCCUCCCUGGUUACCUCAUGCUCCGGAGAAGAUGUGGAUUGCCGAGACCAUCGUCAACAUUGGGGCGCGCGAGCAUGCGGAUAAGUGGCGGCAGAUCCAAGCCGAGCCGAAGAAGUUCGCGACACGCAAGAGCCGAAAGCAAACAGAAGCGCAAAAACAAAAGAAUACCGGUGGAAUGCAGGCUGGUGCGCUCUUGGGCUAUGUCGUUGCAUCCAAACCGUCAGACCGAGAAAAGUCUGUGCUCGCCUCUGAGACCUCAGAGUCGUUAUCACCUUCGCGGAGAACCCGUAUUGGCCAUGAUUCCCAGCCAUGGACCCCUACAAAACCCCGACCGAUUCAACUUGAUAAUGUGGACUCGCCCGCCAUAAAACACUUUUUCAAGCCUAGCAAAGCCCGGUACGCAGUCGAUGGCGCCGAAGAAGCCUUGAGGCAAACAGUGCCUGUCGCAGCAACCAAACCCGACUCUAAUAGUAUGUCCAGCCUCCGGACUCCUCCAAUCUUGAAAGCAGCGUCUCGUGAGGAUCCGUUCCUAAUAACGUCCUCACCCGUAAACGAGACGGGGACCACAACCGAGGGUAUCUCCACUGGAAAUGCUGACCUCCAAUCUGAGCGAAUUCCAGAUACUGUGACACGGCGCAAGAAGCGGGGACAUGGGAAAAGAGACGCGAAGGUUUUUGAUCAUGAGGGACCAAGCAGCGAAGAACCUGCCUCGCCCACAACCAGCCCGGUCAGACCAAAGCGGACCAUUGAGAGUUUCUUUGCUCCUUAUAUAGCUGCAAGUCAGCAACAGUCGCCCUCCAGGCAGGUCGUUCCGAAUGGGGUGACAAAGGAGCUUGUCAGGAAUGGAUCGGAUCUCGCCAGAGAAGAGAUCGAAAAGCCCCUGGGCAGACAUCUCCGGGCGAUUCCGCGCCCGAGCCUCCCAGGAACCUGGAGAGAAGCACCGGAUGAUGUCAACCGGAAUAGCCCGCGCAGGUUGACCCGGGCCGCUCCAAGAGUCAGUAUAGUCGACCUGACCGAGUGUUGAUACAUUUGAGUUCGCCUAAGGGCGCUUGACUUUCCAGAAAUCUUUGUUUUCGAAGAAUCCUUUGGUACGAGUGAUCUCGACCGCAGCGGCCUCGAUGGUUGCGAUAGCGCUGGGUUUGUCGAUAUGGACUUUUGCGGCUUUAUGGCCAUAGUUGAUUGUGACUAUUUGAGCGACGGCGGUUGCCAAAGCUUCUAAUGUGUGAUAUGCCGACCCACCGACUUUCUGUUUGGACGUUUGUCAGUAUUGCUAAAAAAGUUGGGCAGUUGGAAGGUAGCGUUUACUUACUUCGACUAUUUCUCGUACCAUGUCAUGCAAUGCUACUGUGUAGGACUCCUCGGGAGGCUCGGAGCCGACAGCAGCGGUCAUCAGAGGCAUAGUGAUAUCAAUGAAUAAUGACUGUUGGUAAAGACG